AUGUCGUCGGAUGAACGCGGAGGAAGCUGCACAAUGGAUCAUCCGUUUGGUGAGUUUUUAGAACGAGAUUGAGAAAGAUUAACAAUUGCGAAAUUCGAUACUACUGUUUUUUCAUUAAUCCGAAUGCAAGUUGUUACUCGUCAAGGUUCUUUUUAACAGCUAGACAAAUAUUCCGCUAUUUAUGAUAUUUAAAUAUUGGUGGAUUUGUAAUUAUAUACUUCAAUUUCAAAAUUUUAUUCUGUGAACUUUGGUCUAUAAAAAAAGAAAAAAUCACGUGUUUUUUAUAUUAUUUAUUAAAACAGGUAAAAAUAUUUUUCAUCGUAAGAGAAUUAAAGUAUCGUUACAAUUUUAGAAAAUAAAGUAGAAUAGAAGGUAUGUAUCAAAGACUUCGAAUGUGUUCAUGAUGUACAUAAUUGAAUCGAGAUGGCAGCAUGUACACAAUUUGAAUUUAAAGUCCAUGUCACUGUAAAUUUGGCAAUAAACGUAAGAGAAUGCCCGUAUCUCCCGAAUGAUUGUAUCUCGUAAUAUUAGCUUAUGAAUUGAAGAUUAGAUUAGAAAAAGUACUUAGUCGUUUGUUGCAUUUGACGGAUCUUUUCAUAAUAAACAUGACGUCAUGAGUAUCGCCAUCUUUAUUGUAUGUCACGCACAAUCGUAAAGUGUACUCGUCAUCGAAGUAGAAUUUUUGGGGAUAACUGUAAUUAUCUUUGAACAACUCGCAUCCUUGUCAAGGUCUUCAUAAAUCUUUCAUUUUCGAGUAAGUUGUCGUUAUUUUCUUGUUUACACUUUGCAAAGCAACAUAAAUCAAUUUAUUUUUAGUGAAAUCGUAUCGCAUAACUGUAACCACAAGUACAUAUUUUAGUGUACUGUAUUGUUAAGUACGGUUAAUUUAAUAACGAUCUUACAUUUAUAUCGUGUUCAUUAAAAACCGUAACGUAUUCUACAAAAUUAUACUUGAAUAAUUUCGCUUGUUUAAAUGUCUCGCGAAUUUUGAGGUUAUGGGUGUGUUCAACAGUUGGUACAUGUUGUUACACUUUACCAAAAGUUAUAAUAUCAAAAUCUGAUGUAAAGUAUCAACCGGAACUGAUGUUGGUUUGAAUUUGCAUUUACAAUUUAUUAUAUGUGAUUUCUUUGGUUUGAUUUCAGAAUGGAAGGCAGUGGUAAUUCGAGAGAUGGAGAAGCGGGUGGUCCACGGAGUUCGCAACCAGCUUCAACCAAAAAGCUGCAACAAACACAAGCAACAGUUGACGAGGUCGUGGGGAUAAUGAAAGUUAACGUGGAGAAAGUAUUGGAAAGAGAUCAAAAGUUGUCUGAAUUGGAGAAUCGUGCUGACGCUUUGCAACAGGGAGCGACUCAGUUUGAACAACAAGCAGGAAAACUGAAAAGGAAAUACUGGUGGAAAAAUCUCAAAAUGAUGAUCAUCAUUGGUAUUAUAUGUGUGCUCAUUCUUAUUAUCAUCAUCGGUAAGUGAUAUUUAUAAAAAAAAAUAUAUAUAUAAAUAGUUGCAUUGAAUUAUAGAUUUAAACGGAUAUAUUUUAAUGUUUGCAAUAGCUUCAACCGUAUCAGGUUCAUCGAGUUCUGACAAUCCCUCUAAGUGA